UGUUAAAUAAAGAAAUAUACCUAUUAUAUGUAAAUGAUUAUGCACCUUUUAAAGUCAAGUUACUUUUGAACUUAAACAACGGUAUUCUAAACAAAAACAAAAAUGGAUGGUUCAAAUGAAUUGUACUUAGAAUUUGAAACUUUUUUAAAUAAAUUAUUUAUUCGGCGAGAACAAGAAGGAUUCAAUUUUAAUGAUUUCCGAAAAUACGAAUUUGAAUAUAUACAGCCACAUUUAGAGGACCUAUUGCCGUUGAUAUCAAUUGAGGAAGCGAAGCGCAUCCAAACUUAUUUCCAUAAUGCUUACAUUUUCCACUUAAAUAAUGGAUUGCGAAUACCUAAUAUUUUCCCUAAGCAAACUUUGAAUCCGGUUCCUGAUAAUGACACAGAGCCAUUACAACAACAACAACAACCCGGACCUGCUGAUGGUUCUGUGUUAUCUUUUCAGCAACCAGCCCAAGAACAACAUGAAACUCAACCGGUUUCUGAUUCUGUGUUGUCUUCGCUGCAACCAGCCCAUGAACAGGAAUCUAUUGAUCCCGUUUAUACACAAAAGACUGCUCCUUUAAUGCAAAGUACACCACUGAGUGUUCCAUUUUUUGGACUACAAAGAAUGCAUAACGAAGAAGAGCAUUCGCAUGCGAGAGAACCGGAACAAGACGUUUUCUUAGAAAAUGUCAUUUCUCAGAUAAAUAUUUCGCCGAUUACGAUGCAUUCGGCCAUUUCAAAGAGGCCUAGUGCACAGCCUCUACUUAAGCAGCCUAUUGAAAAUGUUAUUCAACAAGAAGUUACUUUCUUAAAGGAUUUUGAGAACAUUCAGAGGGAACCACCCUUGGUACAAAAAAUUCCAGUACAAAACCCUCCUCCGAUUAGAGGUCGCAAAAGGGCACGUUUUGAAAUUGAAAGAAUUUUGAGAGGAAUCAAGAAAAAAAUGGAUAAAAUAAAUUUUGAUGUCCUUUGUUGUCUUGCACAUAAGAACAAAUCUGAUGUGCAAUUAAAACGGUCGGAGGAAUCUUUUUUAUAUUUUCCUCUGAAGCCUGGAAAAACUAAAAAUAUAUUAAGUAGAAUAAUAAGCAACACUAGAAUACCAGAAGGUAGACGGGGGCAUAUAUCGAUGGAGAGAAUUAUUAAUUUUUCCAAUGUUUUACGAGCUCAUGCAAGUCAAAGCCAUUCUUCGGUAGAACAACCAAUUCAAUCAAGUCAAAUAGAUUCAACACGUUCACCUUACACACCACAAGAUUUAUUAAGGACAUCUCAUCAUCUUCCAUUCACUCCUCUUAGAGGGGACAUGUCAGGUCUUUCACCUAGAAUGGUUAUAGACCAAGCUGCAAGUGCUCCAACCCAUUCAUUGCUACGCCAACAACCUUUGUUGCCAAUACCUGAAAGAGAAUCAUCAAUAAAUAUUCCAUUUAAUAAUCACUUUGAAGAGAUUCCAAUAGAAGUACCACCGCAAUCUCAAAAUACGUCCGUAAUUCCAUUACCUUUACAGGAUGAUCCCUCACAACUACGAGAAGUUCCUGAAAUUUUAGAAGAUCAAUUGUUGCAAAUUGCUUACAAUGAAGCUUCUCAAUGUGAAGCACAACAGAAUAAAGUUUCUCUCAAUGAUUCAGUAGUAAAUGUUGAACUUAUAACCGAAAAUGAACCUAUUGCGCCAUUGCCACUUAUUGAAGACCAAUCACGUCUUCCUGGAAAUAUUUCUGGAGAUUUCGAUAAUAAUGAACAACCUCAACCGCUAGUUGAUUCUGUAACAACGCCCCCAGAAACUGUUUCUGUAGGGGGUUUAGAUUCAAGUACAAAUGUUCCCACAACAAUUUCUAAUUUAGGUCAGGAACCAGUUUCAAAUCAAGUACCAAUGCAAUUAGAACAAUCUCUUGUUCAAAACCCUGCUAUACCUUAUGGAGAUGAAAUGAACGAUAACCUCCGUGUAGAUUGGUACCAAAUCCUGCGACCAAGAGUUGAUUUAGUAGAAUAUCCACAAGAACCUGAAGCAGUUCAAAAAAAGAAAAGAAAACGAAGAAGACGUCCAAGAGACAGUCCUGAACGCGUUGUUCUACCAAAUCGAAACUACGAACUUCCGCUAAUACCAAGAAGUCCUCCUCACGAAAAUAUAAAUGAUUUGAAAGUUGCUCCUGUUGGAGUGUUAGAUCAAAUGCCAUCAAACCAUAAAGUGGUGAAUUUGGAGCAACAAAUAGUUGGUUUGGAUAAUAUGACACAAAAUAUUACAAACGUUGUUAGUGACCUACCAGAAAUUCCGUUAAGCCCUCCUGCUUUUUCUAGAUAUUCUGAAGAACAAGGUGGAAGUUCGGAUCAAAUAGAAACAACACAGAUUGAGAAGUAUUUAAAAUUAAUAAAGCGGGCUGGUCAGAAGUUAGGAUACGCCAAUUGGGAAACAUUUGAUUCUAACUUGUUUAAUGAGAACGACCGCUUUGAAUUGUACACAAAUAUUUUUAAACGAAUAAUUAAAGAUAAAUAUGUGACAAUGGAAAAUUGUUUUGAAAACCAAAUGACAAGACUUGAAGCUGCCAAAGGAUUUAAAUUUAUUCUUGAUUUGAAAACUAUUGGUGUUAUAGAAAUCGAAUCGAUGGAAACACAGAUUAAGGGAUUUCAAUUAAAAUCUAAUGAAAAUACUAAUGAAAUUUAAAAGAUUUUGAAAUGUGUUUGUUACUUAUUUUGUUCCUUGUUUUAUUUUAAAAAUAUUAUCAAUUUUAAACUAUUUAUUUCUAAUUUAAAAAUCAUUAUGUUCGUUAGAUUCAUGUUUGUUCAUUGUUUUUAAUUUUUUUUAAUAAAAUAUUGUUAUAAUUUUAA